UGAAAUAAAAAAGGCCUUAAUCAAUCGUUCAAGAAGUACACUUUAAAUUAAAAUGCAACAUAAACUAAAAUGUUACGUGUGCGAAAGUGAUAACUGCGAUGUCCCUAACAAUCAAACGAUAUGUGAGAAUGCGUUGAAGUGUUGGAAAUCAACUGUCCGCAAUCCAGAUGGUACCAAAAGAGGCAGCCGAGGCUGUAUCCUUAAUCCUGACCAAGUGCCAUUGUUAUGCAACAAAGUACAAUUAAGCAACGUAACAGCCUCGUCGACGAGUGACUCGAACAACAGACCUACCGCUGUUAAUCCGUUUAACACCGAGUGCUGCCAUGAGAAUUUAUGUAACGUCGGUUCAUUUCCCGUACUCCAGGACCCGAUUAUUAAUGAAACCGGCAUAAACAACGCGCUCAAAAUCACACUCAUAGUUCUCGGACCUAUCGUUAUAUUGAUCCUCGUAUUUUUCGGAAUUUAUCUUUACUAUAGGAAUCGAAAGAACAAUAGUCGCGAUAACUCAAAGACAACUUUUCUGGCAAAUCGGCGCUGCAAAAAACUCAUUGAGCCAGGCAUGGACCCACCAUUACUUGCCUUUUCCGCUGGUUCGACUGGUGGCAACGCGAGUUGUUCACAUGAGCUUAGAGCUACAGCUGCUGGUGAUAGUACACUAAAGGAAUAUCUGGAGGGCCAAAGCUUGACGAGUGGCUCUGGCUCUGGCCUACCACUGCUGGUUCAGCGUACUCUAGGGAAGCAGGUGGAACUGGUCGAGUGUUUGAGCAAAAGCCGGGGUGGUGGCAGUUUCGGCCGCGAGAUCUGGCGGGGUAUCUACCAGGGUGUCAACGUUGCCGUUAAAAUUUACCCCUCGCGUGACGAGGCCAUGUGGGCCCGUGAAACCGAGUUCUACUCUAAACUGUUGCUCAGUCGACACGACAACAUACUGGGCUACAUUGGUAGCGACAUGACUAGUCGCUCAAGUUGUACUCAACUCCUGCUCGUCACCGCCUAUCAUCCGCUUGGCUCGCUCUAUAACUAUUUGAUGGAG